AUGGCAGUGGCUGAGACACAGCUGUACGCCAAGGUGGCCAACAAGCACAGGAGCAAAAGCCCAUCUGUACUCCUCGAGUCCCUCCUCAACAAAGGAUUCUCAGCUCAUAUCGCGCAAAAAGCCUUGGCUGCUACUGGACAAAAGACAAUAGAAGAUGCUGCAAAAUGGUUGCACUCCCACUGCAAUGAUCCCUCUUUGGAUGACCCCAUCCCUCAGGAAUAUGCACUUUACUUGUGUCCCACCGGCCACUUGUAUAACCACCUGCAAGAGUUUUGGAAGGAGAGCAAGCGCCAGUGUGGGAAAAACAGAGCCCAUGAGAUUUUUCCUCACAUCACUCUCUGUGACUUCUUCACGUGUGAAGACCAGAAAGUGGAAUUAUUGUACGACGCCUUAAAGCGAGUCGGUGACAGCUUUUCACCGUGCUUUCCAUCAUCCAUUUCCCUAUCACUACAUGCAUCCACCAGCUACCUUGGCUUCUUCAUUGCUGACAGCCAUGCAAAUAUCCUCAAAGAGUUUGCUGUGGCAUUCUCAUCAGAGGCUUCGGCCCUGGCAGAUUGCCAUGUGAAGCCUUGCCUAAAGCAGUUCCACCUUACCUUGGCUCACAAGUUUUAUCCUCACCAUCAGAAGACUUUGGAACAAUUGGCCAAAUGCAUUAACCCAGGGGAGACCUGCCAGUGGGUUGCUGCUCUCUACUCACGGGACAUGCGUUUUGUGCAUUACCAGACCCUGCGGGCCCUCUUCCAGUACAAGCCCCAGAACAUCGAUGAACUCAUGAUCAACGCCGGGGACCUCAUCUACGUUGACCCAACGCAGCAGUCUGACGUGAGCGAAGGGUGGGUGAUUGGGACCUCGCAUCGGACCGGCUGCAGGGGUUUUCUUCCUGAAAACUACACUGAGAGGGCCAACGAGUCAGACACGUGGGUUAAGCACAGGGAAUAUGUUUUUGCAACAGCUUCAAGAUUCUUCACCCAAACUGAAAAUGAACCUAAUGUAAAGCUGCACAGAGAAAUCCAUAAUCCUAGUAUGUCCAGGAGUGUAACUAAAGUAUUUUCUCUUCAGGUCUUUGGCAAAUCUUGGCUUCAACAGUGCUUGACUUCAGAUGGAAAAUACUACAGAGCAGACCUGAAUUUCCCUUCCACCCUGCCGAAAAGAAAAGACAGCGUGAAGCAAUUUGAAUAUGAUCCUCCUUUAUCUUGCUGUGGUAUUUUCCAGUCAAGGCUUAUAGGGGAAGCUCUGCUGGACCAGGAGGUGACAGUCAGCUACGUGUACUCAUCACCCGCCCUGCGCUGCGUGCAAACAGCCCAGCACCUGCUGCAGGGGCUUAAAUUAGAUCAAAAAGUCAAAAUCAGGGUGGAACCAGGUCUGUUUGAUUGGACCAAGUGGGAAGCAAGCAGAGUAAUUCCUGAUUUCAUGACUGUGACAGAACUAGUAGAAGCAUCUUACAAAAUAGACACAAGUUACAGGGGUAACUUCCCACUCUCUUCUCUGGUGCCGUCCGAAAGUUAUGAAGAAUAUAUAAGCAGAAGCUCUGCAGUUAUACAGCAGAUCAUCACUGCCUGCCCCAGCAAAGGUGUCAUCCUCAUCGUGGGCCAUGGCUCCUCCUUGGCAUCCUUCACACGACCUCUGCUAGGGCUCCCUGCCAGAGACAGCAGUGACUUUGCCCAGGUGGUACGAAAGAUUCCUUCACUGGGCAUGUGUUACUGUGAAGAGAUUAAAGAGGAGAACAAAUGGCAGAUGGUCAACCCACCAGUAAAGACAUUAACUCAUGGAGCAAAUGCAGCGUUUAACUGGAGAAAUGGUAUAGUGGAAGAUUAG